AUGAUGAAAAUAUUUAUCAAUAAUGUAAACACAUACAGCGGUAGCUGCCUUUGUAAAACAUUUGAUGAAAUUAAAAAUGAAAAAACCGAAAUUUAUGGAACUGUAGACGAUCAAGAAUUAUCUAAGGAUGACUGUAUAAUGUAUAAUUAUGAUAAUGUAAAAAAAAUAAUAUCGAAAAUACCUAAAGAUAAUAUUGUCAAAUAUAUUUUGAAAUGUAAACUAGUCAUAUAUGAUCUACACAAUACAAAUUUAGAAGAAAUAGAAUAUGUCAUUAGAAAACUUAAAUAUGAAAAAAUAAAAAAUAAUAUGACUAUCAUUCUUAUCUCUUCUAUUAUGACCUGGAAUAAAACGAAAAGAAAAUUCAUAAAAAAAAUUGUAGAAGAAAACAAAGAAAUAACAAAAAAUCAAUAUGAUAAUAUUGGUGAUAAAUCAGGGGAAACAAAUAAUAAUUUAGAAAAGAAAGAUAAUAAAAAUGUUGAAAAAAAUAAUCAAAAAACAAGUAAAAAAAAAGAUAAGAAAAAGAAUGAGAAUCAUAAUAAAAAUAAUAAAAUUCUAGAUCAUGGUGUAUCUAAUAAACAUGGAAAUAUUAUAAAAAAUGAAGAUAUUAAAUCAGAUCUUCAACAAAAUCUUAAUGAAAAAAUUAACAAAAAAGAAAAAAUUUUAUAUAUUCCUCAAAUAUUCAAUGAAAAAGAUUAUUUAAAAAGAAUAUCAUCUGCUCAUUUUGAUGAAUAUAAAAGUGUCGAAACUCUUAUAUUAUCACUUAAUUCUAUGAAAAAUAUAAAAACACAUGUUGUAGUAUCAGGAUUACUAUAUGGUAAUGGAGAAAGCGUUUUUUUCUCUAUUUUUAAAAAUGCUUGGUUAAGUAAAGACAAUCAUAUUAUUGACAAAGGAGAUAAUUAUAUUCCUGUCAUCCACAUUAGAGGUUUAUGUGAAUAUAUAAAACAAUUGUAUAUUAGUGAAUCCAAAAAAAAAUAUCUCAUAGCUGUUGAUAAUCAAUAUAUUACUCAAAAAGAGCUUAUUCAUACUAUAGCUAGCCAUUUAUCAGGGAACAUGAAUUUUAUGCAUGUGUCACCUCAUGAAUCCAUUUUUUAUGAGCAUUCAGAGAAGUUAUGUGUUAAUCUAAGAUUUCAGUGUACUAACAUAUAUGACGAUAACGAAGGGAAGGAACAAGGGAAAAAGAAAAAGUCAAAUAAGAUCAAUAAAAAUAAAAAAAAAAAUGAAGAGGAAGAUAUAAGUGAUAAUGAUGAGGAAGAUAUAAGUGAUAAUGAUGAGGGAGAUAUAAGUGAUAAUGAUAAGGGAGAUAUAAGUGAUAAUGGUAAGGAAGAUAUAAGUGAUAAUGAUAAGGAAGAUAAUGAUAGCGAUACAGAUAAUAGUGAUUCAGACAAGACAGAAGGCAAUACCGAGGAUGAAAAUAUUGACAGUGAACAAAGUAGUAAUAUUAAUAUGAAUGAUAGCAAUGAUGAUAGCAAAAAUGGUAGCAUUAUUGAUAAUGACAAUAAUGAUGAUAGCGAUUCAGAUAAUAGUAAUAUGAAAAAAAAAGAUAAAAAGAAAAAAAAGAAUCUCAAACAAACCAAAAAUAAAAAUAAAAAUAAAACGAAAAAUAUUAUUACAUUUCAUUGUCAAGACGGAUUUAUUAAUAAUAUCGCAAUUAUAGCAAAAGAAUUUUGUGAAUUUCGAAAUUUGAAAAAUUUAAAAGUCCUUAUUAUAGGGCAACCAGGUGUCGGAAAAACAUUUAUAGCUAAAAAAAUAUGUGAUCAUUAUAAUUUAAUAAUGUGUUCUAUUAAUAUAUUAAUUGAUGAAUAUAAAAAUAGAACAGAUUAUGCAUUUCCGAAAUAUUAUCAAGAAUAUAUAAAUGAAUUAGAUAAUGAAAAAAAGAAAAAUGUACCCCCAAAAAAGUUAACUUUAUCAGAUCUUUCUUCAUUAUUUUAUUCAAAACUGGAAAAUAACGAGUGUAAGUUUAGGGGAUUUGUUUUGGAUUUUUUCCCAAGGAAUUAUGAGGAAGCUAAAUUUUUUUUCGAAAACUACAAAAGGGAGGUGCCUGAAAAGAACAAAGAGAUGAGUAAUGGUAAAAGGGAUGAAGAAGAUAAGAAUAUAAAAGGAAAUAAUAAAAGUAAAAAAAAGGCAAAGAAAAAGAAGAAUGAGAAGGAUGAUAAAGUGGAAGAUGAUAAUGAUAAGGAGGAAGAGGAUAAUGAUAAGGAGGAAGAUGAUGAUGAUAUGGAAGAAGAUGAUGAUGAGAAGGAAGAAGAUGACAAUGAUAUGGAAGAAGAUGAUGAUAAGAAAGAAGAAGAAGAUGAUGAUAAGAAAGAAGAAGAUGAUGAUGAUAAGGAAGAAGAUGACAAUGAUGAGGACGAAAAUGAUGAUGAUAGCGAAGAAGGUAAUAAUAAUGAUAAUAGUGAUUAUAAUGAAGAUAAUGAUGAUGAAAAAAUCUCAGAAAAUUCAGAAAAUACAAAUAUGCUCACACAUAGUGAUGAAGAAUCACAAAGUGUUAAAAAAUCAUCAAAUAAAAAAAAGAAGAAAAAAAGAAAGAAAAAAAAAAAAAUUAUAGAAAAUAUAAAUAAAUAUAUUAUUAUGCCCGAAUUUGUUAUUAUAUUAAAAUCUACAGAAGAAUUAUGUAAAAAGAGAAUGAUGAAUUUACCUGAAAAUGAAAUAAUAAAAGGACAUAAUGAUGAAAUAGGUUUUGAAAGAAGACAUAAAAAAUAUAUUAAUGAAAAUUGUAGAAAUGACUAUUUUGAAUUUGAUCAGAAACAAAGUAUUGAAGAUUAUUUUAUAGAAAAUGAUAUUGAAGUAUAUACACUUAAUAUAAAUGAAAAUACUUUAUUAGAACAUAUAUUAACUAAUAUUUAUAUAUUUAUUGAAAAAAAUGUCAAGUUUAAUAAUUUCUUACCAUCCACAGAUGAAAUGUUAAAAAACAAAUUACAGGAAGAACAACAAAUAUUAAUGGAUGAAAAACAAAAAAUCAAAGAUAUAGAAGAUAAGGUAGUAUUAGAAGAAAUUAAACAAAAUGAUGAUCUAAUAAAAGCUGAAAAAAAAAGACAACAAUUAUUAAUUAAACAUCAACAACAAUAUAUUCAUAAUCAAUCUGUACCUUUAAGAUUUUAUUUAAUCAAAAAUAUUUUACCAAUACUAACAGAUGCUUUAAUAUAUAUAUGUAAAACUAAACCAAAAAAUCCAUGUUUGCAUAUAGCACAGUAUUUAUUAGAAAAUGCUCAUAAGUAUAAUAUCGAGGAGCCUAAUCUGGAAAACCUGCAGCCUGAAAAGGAUGACGAGGAUAACCAGAUAAAUGAAAAACCAAAGGAUGAAAAUUGA